AUGGAGCAAACAGUGCAGUUUAGUUUCCUUGAUUAUUCCUUCUUUGGUGUUAUGGUCAUUGUGUCAGCAUCUAUUGGACUGUACUAUGCCGUCAAGUCCCGCAACAAGACAGCAACGAUGGAGGAUUAUCUUCUGGGUGGAAGGAAGAUGGGACUCUUCCCGAUUUCCUGUUCACUCAUUGCAACUUCCCUCACAGGGACAACAAUUGUGGGCUUAACAGCUGAAACCUACACCUAUGGCACAUACCCAUGGUUGUAUUCUGUGUGCAUUAUAACAAUGGCCAUCUGCAAUACCUUCAUAUUCCUUCCGGUCUUUUCGGAGUUGAAGCUCACAUCGAGCUUUAAGUAUUUGGAAAUGAGAUUUAGUCGACGUGUUAGACUCCUUGCUAGUGGACUGUUCCUGUUGACAGGAUUAAUCUUCCUGCCAAUUACUGUCUACGUACCAGCUCUGACCUUUCAGAGUGUUACAGGAGUCAAUACUUAUACGACAGUUGUAGUUCUCUCACUCCUGUGUGCCGCCUAUACAGCUCUUGGAGGCUUUAAGGCAGUUGUGUGGACUGAUGUAGUUCAGGUUGUUCUCAUGAUUGUGUCUUUUGUCGUUGUUAUCGUCAUUGGAACCAAUACCGUGGGUGGAUUUGAAAAUGUCUUUGAAGCUGGGAAGCGAGGACAACGAUUGAUCUUUGUCAAGUAA